ACCCCAAAGGGCCAAGAUGGCUGCGCCCGUAGCAGACGCCGGGGAGUUUGUAGGCUGGCUAAAUGAUCGACUGGAUUCGUUAGAAGUGGACCGUGAGGUGUACGGGGCGUACAUUUUAGGGGUCCUGCAAGAAGAGGAAAGUGACGAGGAAAAAGAAGAUGCGCUUCAAGAAAUUUUAGCUGCAUUUUUGGAUGAGGAUACAGUGGCAGACAUCUGCAAACAGAUAAUCAAACAGUGGAUAGAGUGCAGCAGUCGGGCAGCUGCCAAAAAGGAUGCAGAUGAUGCUGAAGUCCAGGCCAUCGCCAGUAUGAUAGAAAAACAGGCCCAGAUCGUGGUGAAACAAAAGGAGGUGUCUGAGGAGUCCAAGAAACGGAAAGAAGCCCUCCUUGCUCAAUAUGCUAAUGUGACCGAUGAAGAGGAUGAAGCUGAAGCCGAGGAGCCAUCAAGCGGAAAUAACUUUCCUGCAAGUGAUAAAUCCCUCUUUAAGAACACCAAUGUGGAAGAGGUGUUCAACAGACAGAAGCAAAAGCGGGAACAGGCACGAGAAGAUGCUCAGAAGAAGAAAGAGAUGGACAAGAUGCAGCGAGAGAAGGACAAGCUAGCCAAACAAGACAGGAAAGAGAAGGAGAAGAAGCGUACACAGAAAGGUGAACGCAAGAGAUAAAACCAAGUGAAAGGACACUUUGUAUUUGAUAAGCUUUCAGACAAAAACAGCGGUUGCCUCUUUUUAUCUAAACCUCAUUUGCACCUUCAUUGUCUUCAUCUGACCUUUCUUACUUUUAUGAAGCUCAUCAUAUGAAAUAGAUCAAAAUAUUGGAUGCUGUGUGGGUUGAAAAUAAAAUUUUCUCUCUUGACUGAUACAAACAGAAAUAUAAAGAUUUCUGAUAUGUCUGUGAUAGAGCAAGUUUUAUGUAGGUCCAAUGAAUUAAAUUUUGUCCUUUCAAAACCAAUUUAACCACCUUAAUAAAACAAAAAUAAAUUGA